GCGAAUUUUUACUUCAAUUUUAUUGAGUGGAGUUAUUUUUAUUAAUAAUAUUUUCAAAACUCCGCUCCGGAGUGAAUUUCACUCCGGAGAGAUUAAAUUAAUAAAAAAUUAUCUACUCCGCGAAAACUCCCCUGCGGAGUGAAUUUCACUCCGAGGGGAGUGAAUAAUUAAAAAUUCAUUCACUCCGCAUUCACUCCGCAUUCACUCCGGAUUUAAUCCGCAUUCACUCCGCGAAUUUUUUACAGUGUAUGAGUGUGAAUGCAAAUGACAAGUGGAAAUUUUUGAAAUUUCAAAAUAAAUAAAUAAAAUGAGUGUAAAUGUAGCAGAUAUAAGACAAAUUUAAAAUUAUAAAUAAAUAGAAAAAAAAAUAAAAAAUGUUAUCAAAUCGACCUCAAUCUCCAAAGGAAGAAGACUGCUGUGGUAAUUCAUGCAACCCAUGUAUAUUUGACGUCCACAAAAAAUUAUUAAAACAAUGGGAGUUAAAAAAAUUAAAUUUAAAUAAUAAAAAUUUAUUAGAACCCCUAGUAUAUAAAUUAUUUAAAGUUAUUAAAUUAAAACAUGUAAAUAAUGAUUACAUAAAAUUGGUACUCAAUUAUAAUUAUGAUGAACAAGAGCCGAAAAAUGGACGGAUAAUAUUAAAUCCAGGGCAAUAUGUUGUAAUAAAUUAUUUAAAAUGGUCAAAACCAUUCACUCCGAUAUCAUGGACUGAUAGUACGAUUAAAUUGUUGAUUAGAAUUUAUGCUGAUGGUGUAAAUACGCAGAGAUUAAAAAAUUUGGAGAUCGGUGAGGUGAUUAAAGUUCGAGGGCCGUAUGAAGAUUUUAUUUACGCGCGUAAUAAAUUUAAAAAUAUUAUUAUGUUUAGUAUUGGUAGUGGUCUAGCUGUUUUUUCACCGAUUAUUAAAUCAAUUGUUGAUGACGAGGAAGAUGAAACACGUGUUUUUUUAACUGCUGGAUUUAGAUCAUUAGAUCUGGUACCGAUGAAAAAAAAACUUAAAUUAUUUACUGACUACUGGAAUGUUCAGUGUACUCUUUAUUUAACAGAAGGAACAAGUAUAAAUCUCAAUGGUAUUGAUAUCAAACAAGGAAGAAUUAAUGAAAGAAUUUGUAAAUGUAUUUUAGAAAACUAUUUAGCUGAUGAUACUUUAGUUUUAAUUUGUGGUACGGAAGAGUUCAAUGAAUCGCUUGAACGAUGGGUUUCAGAAUGUAAUUUCUUAAAUUAUUAUGUCUUCAAAUGA